CCCCGACUACUUGGACGGAGAUUCAGUUAAAGACUAGACCAACAGCACAAUGGAGGCCCUACUGGAGUGCUGGACUCAGGCUGGGGAGUUUAUGCAGGACCGCUGGCUGUCGCUGCUCGACGUGAUAGGCGAGGAUCCUUGGCGGCUGUGGGUGCUGGGCAGCACUGUGACGAUAUUCUCCGUCUACUGGGUGUAUGCGACUCUGUUUACCAUUAUGGAUAUUACGAAUCGACCGCGGUUCAUACGCAAAUACAAGAUCCAACCGGGUCAGAACGAGCCCGUUGAUCUGACCAAGCUUUGGCGUGCCAUCAAGGUGGUGCUUUUUAACCUGACGGUCGUCAAUCUGUUGGCCUCGUGGGUGGUAUUCGAACUGAUCUACAAGAACAAUAACAGUCUGAAUGUACGGGAGCUGCCCACGUUCACGCGAUCGGUGCGAGAUCUGGUGGUGUUCGUGGUGCUAGAGGAGAUCAUGUUCUACUAUGUCCAUCGUCUGAUGCACCACAAAGCGAUCUACAAGUAUGUGCACAAGAAGCAUCACGAGUGGACGGCCCCGAUAGCGGCGAUCACGCUGUAUGCCCACCCCGUGGAGCAUGUACUGGCCAACCUUCUCCCGGUGGCACUCUCAAUAGCGCUGCUGGGCACCCACGUCGCCUUGGCCUGGAUGAUCUUUGCCUUGGCCAUUAUCAACUCGAUGAGCGAUCAUACCGGAUACAGCUUCCCCUGGUCGGGGGGGUCCGUCCGCUUCCACGACUAUCACCAUGCCAAAUUCAACUAUAAUUAUGGUGUGAUCGGUUUGCUGGACAAAUUGCACGGGACAUAUCGUGCAACGCCGGAACAGAAACCGCCCAUGCGGGGCAGUGGCAAAACAGUCAAGAGGAAACUAAAAUAACUACAAUUCGGUCUAACACAUUUUCAAUCAUUUUUAUUUACUUGUAAAUACAUUCAAAUUUUCAGUGCUGCCAAACGGCAAAUGUAUGCAUUAAGACCCAAGUUCGUUGUCGGGCUGUGGUUACUGAGCAGAAUAGUUGGUAUUUUGUGCGAAAAAUUCUAUGCCACUAUAAUGGUGACGUGACUUGUUGGGGAGUUUCAGGGGCCAACAAAACAAAAUACACAUAUGUAUGUACAUAUCUUUGCUAAGUUCAAUUAUUUCUGACAGUCUCUGGCGAUGAAAAACGAUAACCCAUGUUACGUGGUACGAGUCACGACUACUUUUGAAAUGUUGAUAAAACUGCUACUUAAAAGUACCCGUGACAAGUAACAGGUUUUGGUAAAUAUCGCUCAUCUCUACUAUUUUGGCUAGAAAAUCGGCAAAAAGUCAAAGUAAACGCAGAAAAUUAACGUUAACCUUUUUUAAUAAAACAAUAAGAAAGUCAUGUGGAACUCCUCCUUUCUGCCCCUCACAUAAACACGUAAAAUGGCACCCAAAAUCCCCUAGAUAACGCUGUGCGGAAACACUUAGUGAAAGCGUUGUGAAAACACACAAAAAACAAGAGAAAAAAAG